AUGGAGGUCGCAAAUUUAUUGCCGUUGGUGGACCGCCUGGAGGAUAAUAUCGAUGACUUGGAAGAGGCCCUCGAACCACUCCUAAGUCGUUCGUUGGAUGAAACAUCCAAAAAACUACCGCUACUCGAGAGAGCGAAGCUCCAUGCUUUGCUCACAUAUAUACUGGAGUCAUUGAUAUUCUCUUAUUUAACACUUCACGGCACCAAUGCGCAAGAACAUCCUGUCUUUAAGGAAUUGACUCGUGUGAAGCAAUACUAUGCCAAGAUAAAGGCAUUGGAGAGUCCACCACCAGAGGAAGAAGCAAAGCCGACUAUGAAGUUGGAUCAGCAGGCUGCUCGUCGGUUUAUAGCUCAUGGCCUUGCUGGCAAUGACCAAUACGACAUCGAGCGCGCAGAAAGACAAGCAAAGGAAAAAGCACGCGCGCAACUCAAAGCAGCCAUGCUCGCCAAGAAAUCUAAGGAAGAAUCAUCAGCCUCGACUCCUUCCCAAGAACUAAGCAAACCUUCCACUGAGGCCGAAAGCUCAGAAUCAGAGUCGGAAGAAUCCGAAGACGAAUCUCCAUCAGACUCCAUCGAUACGAAACCAGCAAAAUCAGUUUCGCCUAUAGGGGACUUUAUCAAACUCUCCUCGGAACCCAUGGCAGAGUCCAAAAACGCCAAAAAGAAAACCGCAAAGGCAAAAGCGAAACAGAGGAAAGAGAAUCUCAUAAAAGCGAAAAGGGCUGAGCCUCAGGCAACGCGAGAGGCGAAGGGUAUUCCGGAGCCGGAUAACAAACAGCAGCGAACAAUGUCUCGGAAAGAGAGAAGGCGUAGGAAGGAAGCCAAAAGAAAGGAAAAGAACAACGACAAGAAGAAACAGAAUCGAUAG